AAGUGUUACUAAACCCACAACAGUAAAAUCAGUCUGUAUAUGCAGUAAAGCAUGCUUGUUAUACUCACUGUGGAACUUAAGGGGUUAAUUGCAUUGUGUAAAAAGGAUGUUUGAUCCUUUCUUCUCUGAUCCUCCCCUUCUUUCACAUUCCCCAUUUCAUCUCCUGAUAGAACACAGCCUCUUGGGCAUUCUGCACAUGUUCAGUUUUGGUGUGUACUGCUAGAGAGUUUUUUCUUUUU